AUGGCUGAUCUGAAAGACGAAUUCGAAAGCGAAUUGAAAAAGUAUCAACAAUACGAAAAAGGUGAGAACUUUCGAAAUUCGUAUGUAUUCAAUUAUUCAGAUCGGGAAAAGUACGUUGGAAACCGGCAACAAUUGGAGCUUAAAUUGGCAGAGAGCAAAAAUGUCAAGCAGGUAGUGCGAUGAGACCGGAUCUACAUGUUUCAUUUUUUCACAGGAACUAGAUUUGAUGGAAGAUGACACAAAGGUCUACAAAAUGAUUGGCGCCGUUCUUGUGCGUCAAGAUUUGGUCGAAGCGAGGUCCACCGUCGACAAACGUCUUCAGUUCAUUGAGAAUGAGAUGUAAGAACUCUGAAAUUUGCCAAAUUAAUGAAGUAUUUUGCAGUAAACGCGUAGACGACAGUUCGGAGGAUUUCGCGGAAAAGAUCCGAGUGCAAAAAGAAAAAUUGAUCUCUAUUCAAAAAAGAGUAAAAUAAUCCAGUUCAAUCUCAUCUUAUAAUCUUUGUUUCAACUUUUCAGUUUUCAUAAAUUCUGCUUACCCUCCAUUUUUUUUCUCAUUUGUUCCCAAAAGGUGAUUUCUCACUUCUCAUACCGGGAAGACUUUUUAAGAAAAUUACAUUUUCAAGUUUCCUCCCAGAUAUUCCAUGUACAGGAGAGCCCACAAUCAUUCUCCUCGCCAGCAGGAGAUUGUGAGUUUUUUUUUUUAAUUUUCUGGAAAAAUAUGUCCGAGUUAAGCGUUUCUCGGGAUACGUAUUGAAAGCGUCGCAAGAGGAUAACGCCUAUUUAAUGUACACUCCAGUUUUGGACAACUUCGUGAAAUUGGAUCUCAAUGAAGAACUUUUGAGUGUGGGGAGAUGGCUCAAGUAAGCCAUAAAACUGAUUUUUGAAAAAUAUAAUGUGGAGAAUUGUUAAAAUUCUUCAAAUACAUUCAGAGUUUCACAACUCGCUUUCUUUCAUGGAUAAAAAAAUCUUGUAGAGUUUUGACUUUAUUGAUUUUUUAGUGAUGAGAAAGAAUCACUCCAGAAAGUGAUAAAGAAUACUUCGAAAAAAAUAUAAUAAUACUGUUUCGAAGUAACAAAACGAAGAACUUCAAAUCUUGAAGUUUUCUAUUUUUCUACAAUAUGGCGUCAGAAUUUCAGAUGAUUUACCGUUUUUUAAACCGUUCAUGACUCAUAGGCAAAGUCGGAAAGGUCAAAGGCUUCCCAUGAAAGUUCCUUUCAGGGUAACAAAUAUUUCUUUUUUGCUACCUUUUGCGCCAUUUCAUCGGCUAUUAUGCAUUAUUUUUGCUGCCCCUCGCCUUUUCCACUAUGCCUCUCGCCUUCAAAAUCCAAGAAAAAUUGGAAGGCUAGAUAAAGGGGCCUUUUUUGCUGCCUUUCUGCGGCUUUUUUAGAGCCUCUCCCCUUUAGCGGCCCUCAUACACCCUUACGAGUUUGCCUGUGCUGCUCAUUUACGGCUUGUGAAACUUCUCGCAUACCUCCUUUUUUUCAGCCUUUCGGUAAACAUUCCCAAGGAAUUUCUGCUUAGUGCCACCUUAAAUCGGCACAAUACUCGCGGCUUCGAUGACUUCGACGCUACUCCAUCUGUUCACGAGGCGUAUGCUCGCUUUUUCCCCCUCUGGAGAGUUCUUACAUUCGGAGAAGCGCUUGUCAGAAACUAUUUGCUAUCCUUGAACCUACGAAGUGUUUCAGCUUGCAGCUCGUUUCCAGAUCGCGUACAACGAGUACACGGCUCGUUUAGAAUUAUUUUCCAAACACGUGAAUUCUGACCAUCUUGUCAACGUUCAGUUUCUAGGAAAUCCCCGCCCCAACAGCACAUUUAUUCUUGAGGUAACGGUUUAUCAGAGUGCCAGAUUUUUCAUUCCGAUUCAAGCUGCAAGCCACGAAAAGUGGCUGGCUGAUUCUUCGUAAACACGAGGAUCCUACUGGAACGCUCACAUGCGAUCAAGUUUCCAUAUGAUUUCCGAAUGGUUGCUCAAAGUCAGAAUUCUAGCUCCAAUCGGUUGUCCCCUACGACGUUUCUUGCUUCGAAGAAACCGGUUUGGAUCAGGUUAUUCACUCAAAAAUUGCUAUGCUCUCAAUUUCCGUUGGAUUCUUUUUUCUAGACUAAGUGUCAUAAUUUUUUUUUUCAUUUCGUAAUAUCAAUAUAUCGGACGGUUCGUGAAACUCUAAUGUUGGUCAGUAGCACCCCUUGAGCUAAUAUGCCAUAAUUUUGAGGAACAUUCCUACGGGUGCCUACGGGCUAAUGCCGAUCACCCGUUUAGCCCUAGCCGUGCACCCGAAGACCAAUUUUUUUUUUUUUGUUUUUUCAAAAAACACCGGGUGGUCGGCACUAGCACCCGUAGAGCACCUCUUUCGUAAAUAUAUGACGUAUUAGCCGAACGGGUGCUACUGGCCAGCAUUAGAGCAAUGAGAAAAAAUUUUUGAACUUGAAAUUUUUUGAUUGUAAAAUGAAAUUUUUACUUAAGCAUCUUUCCAAGAACGACGUGUUCAAGCCAGCAACUCACAUCACUCGGAAAUCUUCAAUCCAGGUUUUUUGCGCUCUUAUGAAGAAAAUUGAGAAAGACAUAAUCCGGAGUUAGCUUGCACUUAUUUGUAGAUUUCAAAACUUGUUGAAAAGCUCGUUUUUUGAAACUUUUAAUGAUUCAGCAUCCCUCAUCAGGAAGUCAAACGUCUUUAGAAGCGUUUCAAGAAAUGAGGCUUGAAAAUUCCCGGGAUCGUAGGUAGUUUAAAACGAACAUUCAAAAAAACUUGAUUUUCUCAGCCAUGUCCGAAAGGAAGUCGCCCAACCACAACGUCUGGAAAGACCCUCGGCUCGAAAUUCGGGUUUUCUUUCUAAAUAAUUUUCUGAAUUGUUUAGUUUUUAAGGUUCUUCAGCCAGUUCCCUGCAAACAAAAUGUCCAAAUCCUGUUUUGUCAGAAGCGAAAGCAUGUUCCAAUGAAAAAAAUUCGAGUAGAAAAGAGUCGUUGUCGUCGGAAUCGGCCACACGACAAAACAGAAUUGUGAAAACUUUCUGGUUGAUCUUUAAAAAAAAAGUUAUUUUCAGCCGAAGUUUGUGAGUGUCCAUAGCUGGAUAGAUAGGCAAUUCCUCGGUUCGCAAGGGAGAAGCGAUUAUCUCGAAUGGAGUUCCUGUGAACAACCCUUGGUUUCAUCUGAGGUUUGGUAGAAUUUCUCUCCUCCUAUUUUUCAGUAUUGUUGUGCCCCCAGGUGGUCAGUGAAGACUUUGUAGUAGUGGAAGAUUUAUUACUAACAAGAAACUAGACUUUUUAAAAUAACAAACAAGGGAUCAUAUAGUGCUGUGUGAAAAGAUCCCGAAGAUUGUGGAAUUUCCCAGAAUAAAAGUGGAGUUCAGAGAGUAUUGAGAUUAUUAGAAUUAAAGAUGGAACAUUCCAAAAUUUUUGACAUGGGAGAUCUUCACUCAUAAAUUUUAAUAUUCACAUCAGAAUUCUUGAAAAAAAUAAUGGCAAAAAAGUUAGCGGCAAAAGGAUUCGAACCUUCAACAUAGGCUCUCACGCUAGCCAAGGCACCACGCUCCUAGCUGCCAUGCACUGGUUGGUGACGCGACCACAUUCCUUCCAAACGGCGUCACAUGGUUAAGGAUAAAAACUUUGAAAAGUCAUUGAAAAGAUAUCUUCAAAACAAAAAGUUUGUGCUGAUAGCGACUAUGGGGGGUUGAUUCCCAGCCCAUCAAAGAUUGUUUGAGCAAAUUAAUGAAAAAUUCUGAACCCCCCUAUAAUGACUUCCCAUGUGAGAUCCUUCCCAGAAGCAAUAGAACAUUCGAGAAAAAUUUGGAACCUUCUAGAAAGUAUAGAAUGAAUGAGAAGUGAAAAUUUCUAGAAGGCAAACCUUUACACCUGAUCCCUAUGACGCAAUGAGGCUAGAAAUAGAAUACUAUAGAAAAUUCUAGAACCAGCUUAAUAUGAGCGUUAUGAUUCAACCAAUAUAAAUCAGAACCAUAUUUUUCAGAGAGAGGAGAGGGUAGGCGUCGUUGUACGAAUCGUCAAUGGAGAUUUUCUCAUUUUCUCCCCAGCAAUGGUCUUCCACAAAAUUUUUGCGCGCAGUUAUAUCUUCAGGUGAGCUUCGCGAUUCCCCCACCCCCCCCCCUUUGAAAAGAUACCUAAGUUUGAGUUUCCGAGGGUUCUGGUCUUUUCUUAAACUGAAGCUUGGUUUUUGAAUUUUAGCUCGUUGUUUUUUUCCAAAAGGGGUGGCUAUAUCUCACGUAGAAUCGCCCCCACAGUGCUAAGUAGGGGGCGAUUCUAGAAUUCCUAGAAAAUAUCUUCAACAAUCGCCCUUUCCUACAUUAGUGGUAGGCCAUUCUGCUAAAUUAUCAAAGAGCACAUUUUUUUCUGCAACCUCUCUGAUGGACUUGAAGGAAUGAGUUGCCGGUACUUGGCGAAGUGGUCGAGGUGGCUGUGAAGAGCCGUCGACCGCGCUUCGGAGAUUACGCCCAAGGAACUCCGUUUUCGCACAUUGCGGGUGAUUCUCCAGUGGCACGCAACGAACUUUUCCGCUUUUUUCAGUUGAACGCACAACGAACCAGGAAAGUAAGCGGAGAUUUCUUGACGGUGUCACCCGCUCAUAUCGAAACGUCUUAGAGGUUUAUCAAUUUUUACUCCACGGAUCAUAAGUUGUCCAAAAGGAGAAUAAUUAAUCUUGACAAGACAAAAAAUUUCACACUAAUCGCUUUUUUUCUCAAUGAGUUUCCUUAACUUACAGAAUGAAAGUAGUUGACGAAUCUUACAAGACAAAGUUAUAAAUGAAUAAUCAAAGAGAAGAUUUUUAUUCAUACCUUUCAAUCUGUCUUUCUUAAAGACUCUAGAAUCAGAUAUGGGCGCUUAAAAUAUUUUUCGAGUAUUGCUGAACUCCACCCAUCUCGCCUGGAAUGUUAUGAAAACAUCUAUGAGCUCUAUUUUUUUUUUCUCUCGAUUCCGGUAUGUUUUCAGGUUUUUGUGAUAGCGGACCUUUCGAAAGAAGAAAACGUCCAAGUCGUCACAUUACCGCAAAAUGAGGAGAAAUUCUACAAGUUGCGCUGUAGAAACGGAAUUUAUGUGAGUAAGUGUGGGAAAAAACAAAAAAUGUAGCUGAAAGAUGAAAUUUCCAUUUUCGUGUUUCACAAAAAGGGGGCGUUCAAUUUUUUUCAUGUAUGUUUUUAGACAAUCGUUGCACAAAUUUGUCCUGAUAUGCCUAGUUUUUUUCUAAACUUUCAUUCCAAAUGCCUCUCUCGAUUUUCAUUUGUUUUAUUUUACAGGUUCUAGUGAAGUAUGAAAGAAUCGCUGACUUAUUUGACUCGAACAGUACGGCAAAUUGCAAACUUGAGUAAGUGAACAUUUCAUUGCAGUUGAGGUUUUACUCAGGCAAAGUCGGAAUGGUGGAUAAUGGCCGCUAAAAUGCUCAAAAAAAGCUCAAAAAAGGUCGCAGAAAGGCAUCAAAAAGAGCCCUUUUAUCGAGCCUAUCAUUCUUUCUAGAAUUUUUAUGGCUCAAAAAAUGGUGGAAAAGGAAGAGGCAGCAAAAAUGGUGCAUAAGAGGCGAUGAAUUGGUGCAGAAAGGUCUAAAAAAAGAAGCAGUUUGUCACCCUAAAAGGAAGCCCUUUCCGACGUUGGUUAUGAAUAUAAAUUUUUGAAAUGUCUUUUUUUCCAAAAAAAAAAACCAUUCAAAUUUCAAAUAUACAUUUCGUUUUCAGAAUGUGGGCUAUGCGGAAAAAAGCACUAAAGUCAAUAUCUCUACACGUUGGAAAUGUUGAGCCAUGCAUAAAAGUUAACAGAGACGGUACAAGGACGUGUAUUCAGAAAAUCGGCGAUGUUAAAUGGUAAUAGACCUACAAAUUUGUGAACUUUUCAUUAUCCUUCAUAUUCAGGUAUGCUAACGCCGUUCAAAAACCUCCUUCUCCCCAACCGAUUCCUGAUAAUGGCGGUUUAAAUUGA